UCACAAAGCUCCAGAAAGCAGGGAAAGUGCCUUCAGAAUAAACAAAUCCAGAAAUGACCUUCUAUGAAUCACUUACCAACAGAAAGAAACAUCUUGAGGGUAUUUAGUUUUUGCUCAUGUACUAGCUAUGGAAAAUCUCAGCAGAGACUAAAGGACACCAAGUGAGUGAAUGCAGUGAAGGACAACAUAAGGUCAAUAUUCCUCUCUCACACAUUUUGCUAUGGAGGAAGAAUCUGCAAAGGACCUUCUCUUCAAAGACCAGGACUUCUCCUCCGAACUAUUGAGGCAGCUCAACGUUUUAAGGCAAAACGGGAUGUUGACUGAUGUUACUCUCUGCACUAGCGAGUUUGAAAUCCCUUGCCACAGGAAUGUGCUGGCUGCAAGCAGUCCUUACUUCAAGGCAAUGUUCUGUAACAACUUUAAAGAGAGUUGCCAGGCAAAAGUCGACUUGAAAGGCAUUGACUCCAAUAUUUUGUAUCAGAUUGUCCUUUAUGUUUACACAGGAGAGAUUCUUAUAACACCCGAGAACGUCUUGUACUUAAUGGAGGCCACUUCCAUGUUACAGUACAUUAAAUUGUUCCAGGCCUGCUCCUUGUACCUCCAGGACCAGCUGACUCCUGAGAAUUGCCUGAGCAUGAUAAGGCUCUCUGAAAUCUUGAACUGCCAGAAUCUCAAUAAGAAAGCCAAGGAGAUGGCUCUGAAAUACUUUCCUGAAGUAGCCUCUUCUGAAGACCUGAAGGAGCUUUGUGCACUAGAGUUGAUCAAUUACCUUGGGGAUGAUGAGCUCUGUGGUGAGGAGGAACAAGUGUUUGAGACACUCAUGGUCUGGAUCCGGCAUGAUCUCCAGGCGCGACAGGGCUAUAUCCAAGAUUUAUUCAAAAAGGUCCGGCUUCAAUACGUUCACCCAACCUUCCUUUUUCACUUCAUUGCCAAUGACUCCCUCAUUCAGUCUUCACCCACUUGUAGAAGCAUCCUGGAAUCAGCCAGGAGACAGAUGUUUUCAUUACACAGCACCAGCACUCUUGACAUCAAACCCAUGUGGCACGUUCCCCGCAGAUAUUCGUACCAAGAGUUCCUCAUAAUCAUUGGUGGCAGGAAGGACAACCAGACAACAACUAGGGAUGUCCUGCUAUACGAUGAGAAGACCAACCAGUGGCUGAGCCUCGCCAAGCAUCCUAUGCGCCUUUACAAAGCCUCUGCAGUGAGCUUGCAUAGCAAUAUCUACGUGCUAGGAGGGAUGCCUGUUAGCUGUGAGAAAAGUCCGGUCAGUGAUAAUGUUUAUAUUUUCUCCCUCAAGCUAAAUCAGUGGAGGUUAGUUGAACCCAUGCUGGUUCCACGCUAUUCUCACAGGAGCAUAGCCUAUAAGAACUACAUUUUCUCAAUUGGAGGAAUUGGAGAGAACCAGGAAAUUCUGAAUUCCAUGGAGAGGUAUGACAGCAUUUAUAAUGUCUGGGAGAACAUGGCAAACAUGCCCGUUGCUGUCCUUCACCCUGCUGUUGCAGCUAAAGACCAAAGAAUUUAUAUCUUUGGAGGGGAAGACAUUAUGCAAAAUCCUGUCCGUCUAAUACAGGUUUACCACAUAUCCAGGAACAUGUGGUUUAGAAUGGAGACCAGAAUGGUGAAGAAUGUUUGUGCACCAGCAGUGGUGAUUGGAGACCGGAUUAUCAUUGUUGGAGGGUACACCCGGAGAAUAAUCGCCUACGAUACUCAGGCCAACAAGUUUGUUAAGUGUGCAGACAUGAAGGACAGACGGAUGCAUCAUGGAGCUGCUGUGGUCAAAAACAAGCUAUAUGUUACCGGAGGGCGCUGUCUGACUGCAGACAAUACAAUCCAAGACUCUGAUUCAUUGGACUGCUAUGAUCCUGAGACUGACACAUGGACUUCGAAGGGGAAACUGCCACACAAACUCUUUGACCAUGGAUGUCUUGCUCUUCAGUGCGUUCCCUAUUCCAACCUCCUGUAAAGGAAUCUUGUGUUACUCUGGCCCAAAGGGCUCAAAUUGCUGGGUAUGCUGCAUAUGGAAAGUUCUAGCAACUGUCCCAAUCAUCUGCCAGUGAAGCAACCAAAGGAGACAAUCAUCUCCAGGGUGCUGUGUGCAAAAGGCCAUGAAUUCUCAGAUCUAUAUGUACAUACUGCAGCAAAAUAAGUUGUAAUUUGCUGUAAAAUCCCAGAGUACAUACUGUAUUGCCAACAGCCCCACCCUGAGCUCCCUACUCAGAUUUUACUCAAGCAAUUGGGGUAAAAACUGGGCAAGAGCCUCAGGAUUUCACAGAGUGUAACGUGUUUUGGAAGACAGAUAGAAAUGCUGAAGUCUCAGGGGAACAUGUCACAACAAAGUUGCUAACGUAUUUAUUACACUGCCCUCUACUUGAAAGAAACAGGACCCUUCUACUGGGUGUCAUAGCCCGGAUACUAACAGAAUUUCUCCUUUAGUUCACGUGGGAAUAGGAGGAUCUGAGUUCUAUCCCCCCCGCACUCACCACGAAGUUUUGAGUAGCCAUGUGAUGCUACAUAUCCAUGGAUUUGCUCCAAUACUCAUCUAGUAACAGGGAAAACCUUUCUGCCAUCAGUUAAUGCUACAACAAUGGCUUUGAAAAAUGAACAGGUUAGAUAGGAAGAUAGGGAAGAAAUAACUACAUUUAAUGUUCCACAUCACAAAUGAGAGAGGAACAAAACCCCAGUCCUCAACUCUGAACCCUUUCAAAUGUUGGUGAGAUGGAGAUUUGAAACUCCAGAGCUGACCACUGUCCUGGUGACUGGAAGAAAGUGGGUCAAGAUCUCUAAGAAUUUUCUCUUUUAUCUUCUCCUUUAAGGAACAAGAGAGGGUUGCCAAACAU